AUGGCAACUACCACGCUUACAACAUCCCUCAUCACAACCUCCACGUUGGGGGUUGAGAGCGACUACGGCGCUGACCACAACGACUUUAUUUACUUUGGUGGCCACGGCAAAGCCAUCAUGAUCGGACUCGCAGCCACUGUUGCGAUUCUCUUCUUCGUCCUUGUAUGCAUGGCGUGCUGCUGGCCGAAAGAGAAGAAGAAGAAUGACCGAGGGAGAUACGUGACAACGACCUACUGGAAUGGGGCUGGGAACAAGGAAAGAUGCUGUUGA